AAUUUUUAAUAAAAAUAAUCCGGGUUUCUGCAGCAAGGAGUAGCAGCCGCAGGCUGUAGUUGUACUAGAAAGGAAAAAUAGAAAGAAAUGGAGGCCGGAAGAGUGGGAAGGAUAAAGCUGGGUUCACAGGGACUGGAGGUGUCGGCACAGGGCCUGGGCUGCAUGGGCAUGUCCGUCGCCUUCUAUGGUCUUCCCAAGCCCGAAGAAGACAUGGUCGCUCUCAUCCACCACGCUGUCCACUCCGGCGUCACCUUCCUCGACACCUCCGACAUCUACGGCCCCUUCACCAACGAAAUCCUUCUUGGAAAGGCUUUAAAGGGAGGGGUGAGAGAGAGGGUGCAAUUGGCAACCAAAUUCGGAUUUAGCAAAGCGGAUGGGAAGACGGAGAUCCGUGGCGAUCCAGCGUAUGUGAGAGCCGCCUGUGAGGCCAGCUUGAGGCGCCUCGACUUGGAUUGCAUCGAUCUCUAUUACCAGCACCGCGUCGACACCAGCCUUCCCAUCGAAGUCACGGUUCGUUCCUCGUAUCUUUUACAAAAUAGGUCAGUGUAGAGGAUUAAUUAUGCAAUUCUUUUCUUGU